GAGAGGAGAGGAGGGGAGGGCAGCAAAGGGAGAAAAAAAAAGACUUAAUCAAUUGAGGGUAGAUGGGAGGGAUGUUGCUGCUGUCCCUGCCGAGGCUCCAGUGCCACUGCUGCCGUGCUGCAUGUAGCUGAGUGUUUGUGUGAGCAGAGAGGACGACUCGCCUGCUGCUGCUGCUGCUGCGGCUUACUGGGAGCCAGACACCAGCCCAGCCACGACUUCACAUCCUGGAGCCCACUGACUAACUGUCUGACUAUAGCGGGGUCUUCAGUGAACGAGCAAACAGGGAUGAUACAUGGACUAGAGAAGGAGCAGCAAUAGCCCGAGGUCAGAGAAGGUGUUUUUUGUUGCUGACGUCCUGAGUAAUCUUGUGCCAUCUCUGAGUCAAGAGGAGUAGGCCUAGUUAGUUACAUUGACAGACAAUCCCCAUACGUCUUUUUUGUUUUUUUAUUUUGGAACUCAAAGUGACAAAUUCAACAUUUGAGUGCCUCAGCAAUAGAAAACACUACCCGUGUGGCCUCAGUUAUUUCAACUCUCCACCUCCUGUGUGAUCGCACGGUGCUUGCUGUAAAAUGGCAGAGAUGACAUCCCAAAACCUCUUUGCCUCAGCCUCGUUACACAGCUCGACAAGAGGAUAACCAUCAAUCCCCAAGCGCCACUCGUGGACCGACACACUCCCGGACGCAGAGCCCCGCCCCUGGCUUCAGGCAGCAUGGGAGACGGGAGCUGGGUCUGUCUGAACCCAGCUGAGUUCACCCAGCUGCAACAAUACAGCGAGUAUUCCACAAAGAAGCUGAAGGAUGUGCUGGAGGAGUUUCACGGGGAAGGAAUUCUUUCCAAAUACAAUCCUGAGCAGAAGCAAGACGUUCUCAACCAACCCAUUGAUUACGAGGGCUUCCAGCUUUUUAUGGCCACUUACCUGGAAAACGACAUCCCAGAGGAGCUGUGUCAGCACCUCUUCACAUCCUUCAAGAGCAAGACAGGAGGCUGCUCUCCCGAUCAGUCUCGUGCAGGAACCAGCUUACUGGAGGCCCGUUCCAUUGACGCAGGCAUCUCUAUUCAGACCGAAGUGGCCUGUGCCCCCAUUACAGGGAUGAACGGGAAAAGCAUCCUGUCCGCAAUGGGCCGGCACACACCGGAGCACUCCAGUGUGAUGAGCGCAGCGGCAGGCUCGGGAGCCAACACCCCCCCUUGUUUAUCUCGCUCCUCCUCGCAGCAUUCAGGGACGGGGGCCUGCACACCUGGAGGUCCCCAACGAUCACCUAGCACCCAGGUCAAAACCUCCGAGGCGAGCAGCAAUGCCCUGAGCCCCAACACUGGUCUUGCCAAGUCGCCAGUGUCCCCCAAACUUUCACCAGAGAGGAGCCACUCCGAGAAGCAUUUGUCACUGCGGAGGAGUCCGUCGCCCCAGAAAGGCUCCCCGCCGCCCCAGGUGGUCUUUCUCAAGGACAUCGUCUGCUACCUUUCCCUGCUGGAGAGAGGGACGCCGGAGGACAAGCUGGAGUUCAUGUUCCGGCUGUAUGACACCGACGGCAACGGGGUUCUGGACAGCUCGGAGCUGGAUCGCAUCAUCAAUCAGAUGGUGCAUGUGGCAGAGUAUCUGGAGUGGGAUUCAACAGAACUGCGACCGAUACUGAAGGAAAUGAUGGAAGAGAUUGACUACGACAGAGACGGGACAGUCACACUGGAGGAGUGGAUCAGAGGAGGCCUCACCACCAUCCCUUUACUGGUCCUGCUGGGCAUGGAAACGAAUGUACAGGAAGAUGGGCAACAUGUUUGGCGUCUGAAGCACUUCAACAAACCAGCCUACUGUAACUACUGCCAUACCAUGCUGCUCGGAGUCCGCAAGCAGGGCCUCUGCUGCUCCUUAUGCAAGUACACAGUGCACGAACGCUGUGUGUCCAAAGACAUCGCUGCCUGCAUCAGCACCUACGCCAAGUCACGGAGACACACUAACGCUACGGAACAUGUUUGGAUGGAGGGUAACUCUCCAACCAAGUGCGACCGCUGUCACAGAAGCAUCAAGUGUUACCAGGGCCUGACGGGCCUGCACUGUGUCUGGUGUCACAUCACUCUCCAUAAUAAGUGUGCAUCUAAUGUGAAGCCGGAGUGUGAUGGAGGAGCCUUGAGGGACCACACUCUCUUGCCUUCGUACAUCUGCCCCGUUGUCUUGGACCGUCAUUCUGUAGUGAAACGUGGUGAGGGGGAGUCACCACCCAGCACCAGCCCCGAUGAUAUCACUCAGAUUUUCAAGUUCUCCCCUGGAGACGGACAAGCACUGCAGAUCACCCCUCUCCCAGGUACUCACCCGCUCCUGGUCCUGGUCAAUCCCAAGAGUGGAGGGAGACAGGGGGAGCGGGUACUGAGGAAGUUCAGGUACCUACUAAACCCCAGGCAGGUGUACAGUUUGGACCAAGGGGGACCAAUGGUAGGGCUCAACUUUUUCCAUGAUGUCCCUGAUUUCCGGGUGCUUGCUUGCGGAGGUGACGGCACUGUGGGCUGGAUCCUCGACUGUAUAGAUAAGGCCAACUUUGCCAGGCACCCUCCAGUGGCCAUCCUCCCUCUGGGCACAGGGAACGACCUGGCUCGCUGCAUACGCUGGGGAGGAGGAUACGAGGGCGGCAGCUUGUUGAAGUUUCUCCGGGACAUUGAGCACAGCACAGAGGGGAUGCUGGACCGCUGGAACAUAGACAUUGUCCCUGAUGACAAGGAAGAGAAGGGAGACCCUGUCCCCUACAGCAUCAUCAACAACUACUUCUCUAUUGGAGUGGAUGCCUCCAUCGCCCAUCGCUUUCAUCUGAUGCGAGAAAAGCACCCUGAGAAGUUCAACAGCAGAAUGAAAAACAAGCUCUGGUACUUUGAGUUUGGCACCACUGAGACCAUAUCUGCCACCUGCAAGAAACUCAACGAAUGCAUAGAAGUCGAGUGCGACGGAAUCAUCAUGGACCUCAGCAACACUUCCCUGGAGGGCAUCGCUGUGCUCAACAUUCCCAGCAUGCACGGCGGCUCCAACCUGUGGGGCGAGACGAAGAAGAGGAGGAACUACAACCGCAUGAGCAAGAAGGUUCCUGACAGGAUGCCAGCCAGCACCGUCACAGACGCUAAAGAGCUCAAAUUUUGCAUGCAAGACUUCAGUGACCAGCUGGUAGAGGUGGUUGGCCUGGAAGGGGCAAUAGAGAUGGGUCAGAUCUACACUGGACUGAAGAGUGCAGGUCGCAGACUGGCUCAGUGCGCCAACGUCACCAUCAGGACGUCCCGGCGGCUGCCCAUGCAGAUCGAUGGCGAGCCCUGGAUGCAGCCCCCAUGCACGAUCAGGAUCACACACAUGAACCAGGUCCCUAUCUUACUGGGCCCGCCUCAGAAGACGCCGUUCUUUUUCUUCAAGAAACGCAACCGGAGCCGCGACUAGGAUACAUGCAAGCACCCACAAAAACACAUAGAGUCCAUAUACGCAAACACACACACACAAACACACACAUGCCACCCACUGUACAGGCAGCUCCAUCAGAUGACUGUUCCCUGGUUGGAGAAUGAAAGUGGGACGUUCAUCAACAGGAUCACAGUGGGGAACAUUCCUGAAGUCAGGAUGCCUACAGACAAUUAAUUCCCAGAGGAAUGUGCAGUGAUGGCACCCAAAAAGAAAUUACUCUCAGUACAGCACCGACCUUUUCCUGUGUAACCAUCAUCCUCUAGUUAUUUUCCCCUAAACUACGUCCCAGCCAUGGAUUUAGUUUGAGUUCUCAAACCAAAAAAACUCAUGCCAGUACUGCACUGCCCGCUAAUCAAAACUCUGGUGGCUGGGAUUUUAUCACGGCCCUCAAAUGAAGUACAGAAAGUGAUGGUAAGGGGACGUAGGGGUUUAAAGACAGCAGGUUGUAUGAUGAGAAAGAAAGAAUGCCAACACACUACAGGGAGAAUGAGAGAGUGAGAGCGGUGUGGCAGUAACCGAGGUUGUCAACAAGGCCGGUGAGUAAAUAGAGAAACAUCCACCUCUUCGUUAAAACACCUGUAUGAAUAAUGAAACAGCGGUUGCUUGUAAGAGCGCUCGCUCCGGGGCCUCCCCACAGACUGACAGCACGGCACAGCCCAGCAGAGAAAAGAAGAGCAGCCUCAUCCAUUAUUGACUUAUUUUGUUUGUGGGUUGAUGGCAGCAGGGCGUAACAGUGGCCUGGAAAGGGUUGGAACAUGCAGGGAUUUUGGCCCCUUAGCAUCACUGGGCUACAAAAACAGAUCCUCUAAACCAUAUUUACAGACUGUGUGGAUGAUCUGGCGAUAGACUUCAGGCAGAGGAAGUUCCUGUCCAUUUGUUCUCGGUAUAGAUAUCCAGUUGAGAUUGAAAAGCAGAGAUUGAAGACAUUUUCCUUCUUAAGAAACUCAUCGGUCCUCUGUAGUUGUUGAACGUUACGGAUACAUCUACGCUAAUAAGUUUUCAUGUUUAAGCUGCGUUUUGAGACUAAAACUAUCUCCAGUUUUAGCUCCAGUUGCAGAACUAAUCUCCGUCCACAUUAACACGUCUGACAACACAUAUCACACGACCAUUCACAUACACUCGGCAUGCACAUGCUAGUGUAAACAGGAAGCAGAUUGUCUGACGUUACUCUGCGGUUGAAAAUCAUGGAUGUAUCAGGUUAAAAUAUAGAAGAUCCUUUGGAGAAAGAACAACGGCGAAAAGUAAGAUUAGGGAUUUAUUAGAGGUUUGUAUGUGAGCCUACCUAACUGAGAAGACGUGCAGUGUCAUUUCCAAAAGUCUCUGUUUCUGACAAUAGAUAAAAAAAUGAAAAUACCCUGAAGGUCAACGCCAUCUUCCGCACUAUGGGGCCCGUAGAGCUGGCGCACUAGGGACCUGCUGGUUUAGCGCUUUGGACUAAGAUUCAAUCGGCGGCUCUUCUAGACUUUCUAAAUGUUGUGGUGAAACGAGUCAUUUUGCAGGGGUUGUGACUGAUUUACAGACGUCUCUUUCGCCGUGUAAGUCUAUGGAAAAACGUCUUUUUGAGUCCAUCGCAGUGCGAUGGACAGGGAAGUUGUAACACACCUGUUUUGAUCACUAUAAAUUGGCUUCAAAGUUUGGCGCACUUGCCGGGGGUCUAUUCCAGACUACAGAUUAACCCCGGAGUUUUCAAACCAAAACAUUAAACCAAAUGUCUCAGUUUUACAGGCUCGGAAAGUAGUGUGAAUACAAGGCGUAAACAUGGCAAAAGAUAUUUAUUUUUUUCAAACCAAAACAUAGAUUUAGUCUAACUCUACCAUCUAAAUUGUAUCAACAGCAGCUCCUGUGCACUGUAUGCCAUACAGUACAGGACACUUCUAGUGGAGGAUUGAAAUAAAUCGCCACAAGGCUACAACAGCAUGGGGCCCCAAGGGUUUUUAUUUACCAGAGCAUUGACAGGGGCACUACAUUUAUCUUUCUAUUUCAGGGAGGGUCUUAAUUCUCCCUCAGUGAAACUGUACGCCUAAUUACCAUGUCAAACAUCAACUCACAAUGUCAAGUUUGCUGUUGGAGUGCAAAUCCCCGAGUCUGCCCUUCCUGCUUUAAUGCAUUCAUGACUUGUUUACCAAAUACGGAGGAGAUGGUACUGUGGAGGAAUUGUGUUUGACGGAAGAUGGAUGUAUCAUUCAGAAACCAGAGAGCUUGGUUCAGCGUUUAUGAAGAAAGUAUCCAUAUAAAUGCCCCCUCAAUAUGGCAUAGUAUACUAUACAGUGUGUGCAGAAAGAGUAUAUGUAUAUUUCUGGAACGUAGGAGUAGCUCACAUAUACUGUACACACAAAUGUGUUUUUAAUAUAUCAUUGUAAUUAAUGUGGAAAUCUUAGCUUAGAGGAGUUCAGAUUAGUAUUCUUUGCCGUACUGAGCUGCUGCAGUUGCUCUCUGAGUGAGUUUUGUCUAACUCACAUUGUUUUAGAUCAGGGUUUAGUGUUGGAUCCUCUCCUCUUCUCAGCUUGGCUUUGUCCUUGCUUGUUAAAGAAACUCCGAACAACAAGUGCAUCAAAAUUACAGAAUGUGUGGCAAAAUAAUCUCUUGGUUCAUACGGAGCUUUAAACACAGCAUUCAUCAGCGAAUGGAGCUGGCUGAAGUCCUUGUUUAUCCUCUAAAAGUAAAGCUAGACCAAUAAUAAGUCUAUUGCAGAUAUAUUGAUGUUGGCGUACAUGUUGGCAAAAAAGAAAUAAGAAAUUUCAGUAAAGCAAUGUUCUGAUACUGUAUGAUUGGUGUAUUUAAACAAAAAUAAUCAUCAGCCUCUCUGGGGCUGCACCAACAUUUAGCUAAAUGCUAAUCUCUGCAUUGCUACAUGCUCACAGUUAUGAUGUUAACAUGUUUAUGUUAAGUUCACCAUGGUUUCCAUCUAACUUUAGCAUGCUAAUGUUAAUCAGCACUAAGCACAACUGAGGCUGAUGGGAAUGUCAGUAGUUUUGCAGGUAUUUGUAUCAAAGUAUUAGUGGUAAUAAAGUAAGUAAAGUAAUAGUAUCAAAUUCAACUUUUGACCUGAAAACUUAAAACCACAGAUCUAAACCUCAUGGUGACGCUAGAGGAAAAGUCAGAGGAUCAACUAAGUCAGUAGGAUUUAUCAGCUGGGGACCAUGUAGUAUAUGUCCUCACAAAGUUUCAUGGGAAUGCAUCCACUAGUUAUUGAGUUAAUUCAGUCUGCACCAAAGUGGUGGAUCAACCGAUCAGCAAACCAAAAUUGCCAUCCCUCCCAGUUGGGAUAAAAUAUAGUUUAUUUUUCAACUGUAAAAUGUCCCACUCAGUACAUAUCUUAGCCAUAGUUCUU